ACGUAACCUUCAGAGUGAACAAACACCUUAAAUCAGAUGAGAUUUAUAUACGAAACGCGCUUACUAAUCUGGUCUUGAAAGGAUAGAGGUAACCGCUAACACACCUCCCCAAAAUAGGGCCGAUGGCGUUGAAACUCACAUGUAGACAUGUCGGCAAGAGACUUUUGCGGAACGGUGGAAAACGCCUCUCAACUGCGGCUGCGACCGCAGAGAAACCCCUUCUAUGCCAUUUCAGAACACCAGAGAGCGAUCCGGCAAAGCACACGAAACUGCACGACGGUCUCUUUUACACAGUGCCCCCCGAAGUGAUCACGUCAGUUUUUCAAGUGAAUCCGUUUCCGAAAAAAUUCGGAGAAAUGAAUGACAUGUUUGCAGAGUGUAGCAUUAUGGUGAGACCACCGUUCUUAGAGAUCAAGAGUCUGUUGGAGUCUUACGACUAUUCUCUACCAGCACUUCGAGUAAUGAUCUAUGGCAAGUAUGGAUGUGGAAAAACAAUGACUCUCGCGCACCUUUUGCACUAUGCACACACUCAGAAGGACUGGUUGAUCAUCAGCAAGAUGUGGGCACCCCACUGGGUGAAGCGACCCAAAGAGGCAGCACCGCAAGGACCCGACGAAGUCUGUUGGGACUCUCCCGUCGAUGCUGCCGUUUGGCUGCAGCACUUUCGCUUUCUGAAUGCACCCGUCCUCAACCAGCUCGAGCUGACAACAUCAAAGAAAUAUCAGUGGUCUGAAAGGGAAGAGACCGCUGCUGGGGAACCACUUGUGAAUGUUAUUCAACAUGGUGUUGAACGCAUCAAACACGCCUGCGAUUGUGUUGGGGCACUGCUACAGGAGCUGAAGCAGUACAGCAACGCUGGCAGGGUGAAGACGCUAGUGGCUGUAGACGGAGUCAACUGCUUCUGGCAAGAUACCUAUCUCAAACGCACAGAUAGGAGUUAUGUUGCCGCCAAAGACCUGUCACUUGUCCGCCACUUCCUUGAGGUGCUCAAGGGUGACUGGUGUAAUGCAGCUGUGGUGGUGGUUGUGGAUGAACUUGCCCUCUCCUUAAGACAUCACAACCUAAAAUGGUCAAAUGUGCCAAGCUACUACCCUCACCAUCUUCUUGGAAAGCAUGGUUUGGAGUUCUUUGAACCGUUUGUGCCUGUUCACGUUCCAAAGUACAACGAGAAGGAGAUAGAAAGCUGCCUGGACUUCUACAUUGACAGAGGCUUCAUCCAGAACCGUAAAGGGUGGACGACGGAAGGACGUGCUGAACUCAAGUUUCUUAGUGGAUACAACCCAAUGGUACUAGGAGAUCUCUGCCGUACUCGGUGAAAUGUGGUGGAGAGACGUAAUAUUAGCUGUAAUAAAAUUCUUUCUCAUCCGUUA